AUGAAUUUAAAAAAAUUCACAAUAUACUUUCAUUUGUUGAAUUGGAUAUUGAAAAACAACUAUCAACAAAAUGGAUUCAAUCAAAAAUUAACCAAAGGUAUAAUACCAGAAGGUGUUAAAGAGUUGUUUAUAGAUGAUAAUAAUAAUAAUAAUAAUAAUAAUAAUAAUAAUAAUAAUAAUAAUAAUAAUAAUAAUAAUAAUAAUAAUAAUAAUAAUAAUAAUUAUAAUAAUAAUAAUAAUAAUAAUAAAAAGAAAAAAAUUUGUAUUAUCCAAUCCAAUUUUUGA